AUGGCGUCUGACACUCUCGAUGCCGUCGAUGCCGGCGCUUCUGUCGCCGCCUCGGGAGACGAAGGAACUGCCACCGAGGAAGCUGCUGCGCCCAACGAAGCUCGUAGCCAUCUCAAAAGAAUGGCAGCCAUAUCUGUGUGGAAUAGCGUUCUGCUACACGUCAAUGAGACACUUUUGCCCGGUUUCGCUCGCCAUCACAUUGGGCGCUUGGCAAGAAGUGUCGCUUCAGGUCUUCGAGUGGAGGUUCAGACAGCUUGGGGCUCUCGCAUUCCAUCCACGAUCAUCCUCCGACUUCAAAUUAGAAACGGGGACGAUAUAAUCGACUUUGCAGUCAUCAACUUGCCCAUGGGCCAAACAAAGUUGCCGUUGACUACCGACUACCUCCACGCAACUGAUGAGUCUCUGAUGAAAGAUACGUUUCCCGAUCCAAGAAUGGAUCAUUUUGGCGCAGCUCACUCACGAUUUCGCAAUCAAGAUUUGGGAUAUUUCAAGACUAUCGAGCCUACUGCGGAGAUAUCUUCUUUCAUCAAGCACACUUCUACCACCAUUGUGCGAGUCACUGCCGCAGUAGAAGCCCACGAAUUCACCAUCAUGUAUCCGUCGCACUUCUGGGAUCACAUCCACCGUCUACCAGCUUCAUUGCAAAGAGUCGCCAAGAACAUCAAAUCUUUGUUUGAUUCGAUGAAUCCAGAAGAGCAAGUCUCACUCCAAGUCACAUUUCCAUUCAGCCCAAACUGGGAAAAAGAUUGGCACGUUUUCUUUACUGAUGAGCGCAAAGUCAACGCCGAGAUUCUCGACAUCGCAUCUCUCUGCAAUGGCUCAGAGUGGACUCCAAAGACUAAUGAUGAAGAAGAGUAUGGCAUGUUUGGUACACACCUUCCAACAGCUUACCUGAUGGCCGUCAGUCUGAAAAACGUCAGAGACUUUUUGCCCGACACUGGAGCCAAAGUCAAUGUAUACCUUAGAGAUAUCGCACAAAAUGGCUACACAUUGCCGAAGCCGCAAACCAGUAAAGGCGAAACAUACCUGAUUGCGGAUAGCAUCACUUGCAGUCUUUUAAAUACUGAUUGGAAGGCGGACCAACAAAUUGGUCACAAGUUUGGGUUUGACCACCCGGACAGGGCUGAACUUGUCACAGAGCUUUUUCCCAGUAUGGCUGCCGUGGAGUUGGAGCCGUACCUCCCCAUGCCAGACAAAGACGAUCCGGAGCACCAAGAAGCUCGAAAAGUAGCUGCUUCUUUGCGGCUGCGUGACGACGAAGAUCACAUAGCGUGUUUUUGGCGCGUUCACAGUUGGCUUCGCCCGUUACUUUGUGUUGCGCCCAAAACUAGGUACCACGAGCCCUACUCAGGCCAUCGCUUGGCUCUCCCGCCUGGUAUUUCCGCGGACGUCGCUCUCUUCUAUGUCGAGGUUCCAAGACAGCGAGAUUGGCCUCGUGAUUUGAAGAAGCCCCCUAUGAGUGUUGACAUUCCAGACAUGUCUCCCCCAACUGACCUCCAAUUGUUUCUAGCAAACGCGUUUGAGAAUCAAGAUGAGGUUGUUCGAGCCGAAAUUCGUCAUUCUUUCGACGCAGAGCUGUACGACGAAGAAGGUCUGACCUUGUCUCUUAAGGGAACUCUCGGCUUCAACCAUGUGGCAGACGAUUGGUUGAAGUCUAUGGUGAAAGCUUCAGACCUGCCAAAGACUGACCGAGCCGAUUUAUCCCAGGGGCAGUCGGAUAACGGUAUGACCGUAGAGGAUCAGACUGAGACUACAAUGUACGAGGGAGAGGCAUCCAAUUUGACGGUGAGUUUCGCAAAGUCCUUAUCGUCUAGACUUGCCGCCCAGGAUUCGGUCACUCGUACUACUCAGCUUAAGCAAAUGGCAGAAGUGGAAGCGAACUCACGAGAGGGAGUAUGUGAUUGA